ACCCGGGGAUCCCUCUUCCUUUGUUUCGUCAGACUUCGUCGCCGGUUGCCGCCAAUUGCCCCGCUCUAUUUUAAUUUUCAUUUUUCGUUAAUCUUACUGCGUGAAGCCAAAUAUCCUAUUGUCUGCCGAGCGAUGUCUAAAAUUCCUUACUUUGGGGUGAUUGUCCCUUCGAGACAUGUUGAAGAGCCGUACAGUGAAGAAUCCGGACCAGAAAAUGUAUUCUUCUCAAAAAUAUAUGAUGCUCAAUAUGUUCAGGAAAUUAUAGUGUUUCUUCCAGGGGUGCUUCCUGCUGAAUUUGGGGCAGAGGUAUUCAUGCGCUGGCAAUAUGAUGCUGAAAUGAAUGCUGAAAUGCAUUCUGAAAUGAAUUGGAUAUCUUUAGGAUACAUAUCUAAUGACAAACCAUCUGAUAUUUUCAAAGUUAAUUUUUUCAAAACUGCGUCUUUUCUUGGAGCAGGAGAUGGUCAAAACUCCCCUUCACUACCUAAUUUAGAUAUUCUUCUAAAGAUUACUGUAGAACCAUUGACAGAACUAUUGCGGAAAGUUCAAGAACAAGAGAAACAAGUUCAAGAACAAGAGGAAGUUGCAUUUUUUGAUACUUUUAACUCUCUUAUUCCCCCCAAAUACAUUUUUAAGAAAAUACCUGAUCUACCACUUCACACACCAAUAAAGAUUUUAAAGGUUGAAGUAGUUCCUGAUUCUAAAGGAAAGUUUUUUGCCAUGUUGGGCAAGGAUGAAAUCUAUUUUAAUUUGCCUAUUGACGAUCACAAAAACAUGUUGCGAACCAAUGGAUAUGAGAUCAUUACAAAUCUUAUUAAUAAAUCAAAAAAUCCAUUUUGCUUUGUCUAUCUGCGCAAAACUGUGAGAACUUUUGGUAUUCUGCAAUAUAACCACAGUCAUAAUAUUGCUGAGAAGGCUGAGAGAAAACAACAACUUACUUACCAUGAAAUUCCCCCCGCUAUUUUAAAGGAAGCUGAUACGGAGGUGUUGGGUAAUGACAUGUCUCAAGCUAGAAUUGGAAACUAGUAACUUUUACUUUCAUGUUGAUUUGGAUCAUUAAGGGAAAGCUGAAGUUAGUCCCUCAAGAAGAUAACAGAACCUCUUGAAUAACCAGACUCGGACUCAAAGUGUUGAACUGAAACACUGCUACUUGGGUGGAGUGACAAAAUUCAUAUGGCUUUCCGACCCCGUUUAGAGUAUUUAUCCUGUUGCUCUGAGAAGAACUACAAAUCCAGAGGUGUUAUCAACAAAAAGUCACCAUCUUUGAGAAGAUUUCUCCUGUUAAUUAAUAUGAGGAAAUGGCAACCUCUGCUCAUACCUUUAAACAUUAAUAAAAUAACAGUAUUUGUUCUGUGCACUGGACAACUUCUCUAUCGGGAAAUUUUAUUGGCAUUUAGGUGUAUUUUUACUUUGCAUUUUUUCAAUAAAAUAUGAUUACAAAAAUGUA